UCAUGCACAACUAUAUCACACUUAUGUUACUAUAUAUGAGAUUAAUUAUUUAGCAUAAUAAUGUCAUAGUAAUGUAAUGUUUGCUGGUAGCAAUGAUGAGAGAAAUUCAUUAGGUAGACAAACUUGGUCCCUUAACUUUCUUUUUAUAACUUUUGUAAUGGACCACUAAUUAACUUUAUAUUUUUCAUGUUAUAAACUAAUUUCUCUAGCCUUAUACAUCUUUCAUUGAAAUUGAGAUACCAAAAGUGUGUUUGUGUGUGUGUGUGUGUGCUUAGAUCAAUAUAUAAUAAUCUCUUAUGGGAAACAAUAAGUUCAAAUUUUCAGAUAUGAUACCAAAUGCAUGGUUUUACAAGCUUAAAGAUAUGAGCAAAUCAUCAAGGAAAAGAAACGGUUCACAAUCUCAUCAUGUUAUGAAGAACAAAGUAAUGACUUCACCAACAACAUCUCAAAGGUCACAACAAUAUUCAAGGUAUUCUUCACAACAUUUCUCAAAUGAACAAACAAAAGCUUAUAAUAAAAUAUUGAACUCACCAAUUCACACCAAAGAUUUGAACCUUCCAUUCAAUGAUUCACCAAGAAAGUCUUCAAAGAGAAGGACUAGAAGAAAAACUAUUUACAAGCCUUCUCAACAUGAUGAUGAUGAUGAUUUGUCUUCAAUUGAAAAUUCUUCUUCCGAGUCUUAUCAUAAUCAAUGUGUUUCUUCUGAAUCUGAAUUUUGUGAUAGCUUUUCGGUUCCGGAUUUGCUUAAUUGUAGUUGUAGAGUUAGCUCUUCAACUAAUGAUAUAAUCAUAGACAUGAACAAUGAAUCUUUUCAAGGAAAUUCUAAAAAUUUAGAUGGUCUUGAUGCAUUUUCACAACAUGGUUUAGCUCCAAUAUUGACAAAGCAAGUUAAGUUUGAUGAUAAGAUUGAAUCUCGAAGUUCAACCGAAUCCGAAGAAAAUAUUAAUAGAACUCAAAGAAGGAGGAAAAAAAGUCAAAUAGGUAAAAAAGCUUCUCCAAAUUCUCAAGGUAUUAAGCUUAGAGUGAAUUCUCCAAAACUUGUUAACAAAAAAAUUCAAGCUUAUGGAAGAAAGAGUGUUUCAUCAUCAUUAUCAAGUGGAAGCAAAGUUUCAAGGAAUGAUGGAGGGUUUGUAGAUGGAUUUGCAGUUGUUAAGUCUUCAAUUGAUCCAAUAAGUGAUUUUAAGGAAUCAAUGGUGGAAAUGAUUGUGGAGAAUAAUAUAAGAGGAUCAAAGGAUUUGGAGAAUUUACUUGCUUGUUAUCUUUCUCUUAAUUCAAGUGAAUAUCAUGAUGUUAUUGUUAAAGCUUUUGAGCAAAUUUGGUAUGACAUGGCUCAACUUAGAAUGUAAAGAAAUUAAUAUUUUUCAAUGUAUGUUUAUAGUCUUGUAAUUACCAUUUACUAA